CGUUUACGUUUCUGGAUCUGGAACCUAAUAAACCGAGAGAAGCUCCUUCUCUGGCCCCCGUAUUGUUCCUUCUCUCACAACAUUCGCGCCCUCGUACGGUUUACAGUUUUUGGUUCUUGAAGAAGCAGAUCUCUGGUCUCCAAUUCCAUUUCUAGGAAUAAUAUCUAUAUACAAGAAGCUGCAGACAAAAGGUUCCCAUGGCCGCCUCAGAAGAAAAUAGUGCAUUAUUCCCAAUUUUCAUUUUGACAAUAAUUGCUCUCCCUCUGGUGCCUUAUACAAUACUGAAACUAUGUCGUGCUGCCUCAAAGAAGACAAAGACCAUCCAUUGUGAGUGUUCUGUAUGCUCACGAUCGGGAAAGUAUCGGAAAUCGGUUUUUAAACGUAUCUCAAGCGUUUCAACAUGUAGUAACAUGACAUUAGUGCUGCUUUGGGUCAUCAUGGCCAUCCUUGUUUAUUACAUCAAGCAUAUAAGUCGCGAGGUUCAAGUAUUUGAGCCAUUUAAUAUUCUUGGAUUGGAACCCGGAGCUUCUGACUCAGAAAUAAAGAAGGCAUAUAGGAGACUCUCUAUUCAAUACCACCCUGAUAAAAAUCCAGAUCCAGAGGCCCACAACUAUUUCGUGGAGUACAUAUCUAAGGCUUAUCAGGCUCUGACAGAUCCAAUUUCACGUGAGAAUUUUGAAAAAUAUGGACAUCCAGAUGGUAGACAGGGGUUUCAAAUGGGAAUAGCUCUCCCUCAAUUUCUACUGAACAUUGAUGGGGCAUCUGGCGGGAUUCUUUUACUUUGGAUUGUUGGAGUUUGUAUUUUAUUGCCAUUGGUGAUAGCUGUUGUAUAUCUAUCCAGGUCGUCAAAAUAUUCUGGAAACUACGUCAUGCAUCAAACACUGGCUGCUUAUUAUUACUACAUGAAACCUUCCUUGGCCCCAAGCAAAGUAAUGGAUGUCUUCAUUAAAGCUGCCGAAUACAUGGAGAUUCCAGUUCGUAGGCCUGAUGGUGAACCCCUUCAAAAACUUUUUGUGUUAGUUAGAAGUGAGUUGAACCUAGACCUUAAGAACAUCAAACAAGAGCAAGCAAAGUUCUGGAAGCAGCACCCAGCACUAGUCAAGACGGAGUUGUUGAUUCAAGCCCAAUUAACUCGUGAAACUGCAGCUUUAUCCCCAGAAUUACAACGUGACUUCAAACGUGUGCUAGAGCUGGCACCUCGCCUUCUUGAAGAGCUGAUGAAGAUGGCAGUUAUACCACGCACUGCUCAGGGUCAUGGUUGGCUAAGGCCUGCAAUUGGGGUUCUUGAGCUUUCUCAGUGUAUCAUUCAGGCUGUUCCUCUCAGUGCAAGGAAGUCAGCUGGUGGAUCCACUGAAGGCAUUGCACCUUUUCUGCAGCUGCCGCAUUUUAAUGAGGCUAUUAUAAAAAAACUAGCCCGGAAGAAGGUGCGUACGUUUCAGGAUCUUCGGGACAUGACUCUUGAGGAGCGUGCCGAGCUGCUUUCUCAAUUAGCUGGUUUCUCUGCUGCUGAAGUACAAGAUGUAGAGAUGGUACUUAAAAUGAUGCCUUCCAUAACAAUGGAUGUUACUUGUGAGACUGAAGGGGAAGAGGGUAUUCAAGAGGGUGACAUUGUCACGGUUCAGGCUUGGGUGACACUUAACCGUGCUAAUGGUUUGGUCGGUGCUCUCCCCCAUGCCCCCUAUUAUCCAUUCCACAAGGAAGAAAAUUUCUGGUUUCUGCUUGCAGACCCCAAUUCAAAUAAUGUUUGGUUUUCCCAGAAGGUUAUCUUCAUGGAUGAAGCUGCGGCAAUAACUGCUGCUUCAAAAGCAAUUGAGGAGACAAUGGAAGGGUCAGGAGCAACUGUGAAGGAAACUAGUGCGGCUAUCAGAGAAACAGUUGAGAAGGUUAAGGGUGGGUCGCGACUGGUACUGGGCAAGUUUCCAGCCCCAGCAGAGGGGACUUACAAUUUGAGUAGUUACUUGUUGUGCGACUCUUGGGUUGGCUGUGACAAGAAGACGAACUUAAAGGUAAAAGUUUUGAAACGGACUCGGGCUGGCACAAGGGGAGGUCAUGUGGCAGAGGAGGGACCAGUUUUGGAGGAUGGGAUCGAUGAGGAAGAAGAGAUUGAAGAAGAGGAAUAUGACGAGGAUUAUGAGAGUGAGUACAGUGAAGAUGAGGAGGAUGAUAAGCAGGAUACAAAUAAGAAGGGCGCUGCUGCCAACGGCACUUUGCAAGGAAAAGGCCGCAGGUCAAAAGGUUCGGGUUCGGACGAGGAAUAAAAUGCCCCUUUUUCAGUGAUUAGAAGAAAAGAAAAAAAGGCUAUUUGUUUCUUCAUGUUACCACCACAGCAAUAUUGUUAUCAUUGUGUUGAUCCUAGCCUUGGUGAAAUCUCCUAGCCUUGAUAUAGCCGAAAAGUCCGUAGUUCUAGCACUCGUCUAUGGAGUCACCUGCCUUUUUCUGCAGUGCAAUUUCUUUGCAUUGAAUAGAACUCACCUACAAUUUUUUUUUUGGCCAUAUGUUCUUUUACUCAAAUAAUUGAUAGACCCCAGAUCAGUGAAUGAACAUAUUGGUUGAGUUUCUGAUUAUUGAGAAAAUGCAUGGUAUUAUUGGUUUUA